CCUCUCUCCCUCUCUCCCUCUCUCCCUCUCUCCCUCUCUCCCUCUCUCCCUCCCUCUCUCUGCUGUGAUCCUUUCACAUUUUAUAUCUCCUGUUGACCCUAAAGAUAGAAAAAAGAAUAUAGACAGAUCUUUGCUUCUGAGUCCAGCAACAGAAAUGAUUCACUGCUGAAUUCUUCUCAAGGAAAGCAUUAUUGAAAGAAAUGUGGCAAAAUUUUGCUAAUUUUCACUUCACACUUGAAAUCACUUUUGUUCUCAGGAGAACAAGAACACCUGGUAGAUUUUAAAUCCCUAUCAGCAAAUAUUAGUAGCUGCAAAAUGACACUGACUAUUUUGUAUGAAAAAGUUUUGAAAUCGAUAAACCCAGGAGAACAACAUAAUUGCAAAACAAUUUCUUCAUUAUUUUUUAAUGACUUUGCUAUUCUGGCUAGCCAGUGUGCUCUAGGGAUCCUCUGUCUCUAUUUCUUAGCAUUAAGAUUGCAUGUGCUCCUCAUGCUUUUGCAGCAAGCACUUUAUUCGCUGUUCUGUUUCCCUAGUCCAUAUUUUAAAUUGCCAUAUAUGAUGGAUAGACUCUCUUAGAGUCUUUAAGCAAUCAGGAGUGGUUGUAGUUGUUUAUUAUAAACUGUCUUUGAAGGUACUUUAUCUUGGGAGUUUGAUUUUCAAUUAUAAUAGAACAUUCAUUUGUGUUGUUGAAAUUUCAUUCUAUUAUGGAAAUAAAAUUGUCACUAUCAAAAAGAAAUUAUCUGCUCUGUUUAUUCAGAAAGACAGUGAAAAGUCAGAGACACAUUUGCCGUCACCCACUUGUUAGACACAGAUAUGGUCAAACUAAAUUUUAAAUUACAAUAACAUGCAAAGUCAGAUACAUCAGACUCUACCAGCAAAUAUUCACAAGUAAAGGUUUUAUAUCAAAGAUUGGAGCUCUUAGGGACUCUCCUGGGGUUUGGUAUACUCUACCAUCUAUUGAUCCCUAGUGUCUUAGGUGACUUGUCAAAGGAGUGCUAUCUUUAUGAGGAGUAGGCAAGGAUGCCCAAGAGGAGCUAUUCGGCUAAACGUCAAGGAAGCAAUUAAUGUCUGCUUUUUCCUAAAGAAUUUCUGCAGCACAUGUUGAUACCAUCACCCUGUCAGUCUCAGCAUACCAAGUGCAUAUAGUGAGGUGAAAGUUAGAGUUCAAACAAAACAUAUUACCAGUAUCAUUUGGUUCCUGAAUGCAAAUGCUUACGGCUGCUUAAGGAGAGUUUCAGAUAAAUGUUUUGAAGGGCACUGCUCUUCCUGAAGAAUACCCAUUGUUCAUCUUUCUGCUUUCUCUGCAUCUCUAAGGACCAAUGUUUGUAGGAGAAGGAGAGUGGGGUGGUUGAUGUUAUGUUAUGUCUAGUACCAAAAUAACAACAUAAAGACACGUGACUAUAAACAGUGCAGGAGUAUAUUAUUGAGUAGAAUUAAGUAUCCUUGUUUUUUAUGAAUAACCAGAGGUCAUAAAGUAUAGGUUACUAUACAUUACCAAGACACUUGGAGUUGUAUUGUGAAGUUGCUAUAGAAUCAAGAUCUUAUACUCCCACCAAUCUUUAUUUUAACCAAGUCAAACCCAGUGAUGGCCAUCCAGACUUGUUUUUAAAAGCCAUAUCAAUUAUUUUGUGCUUCAUUUAGUGUUGCAGAAAUAGAUGGUGGUGGUAUCAACUUCAGUAAACAUCAAAGAGAUGGUGAAGGCCUGACAUAUGAAGAGUUAAGUUAAACUAUGAAAUACUUCUGUUCUUACAUUUUUUAAAGUGAGGGUAGGAGUGAAAUGAGUAUGCCACAGUCUAGGUGUGGAAUGAAGGUCAGAGGAUAACUUGAGGGAGUCAGCUCUUUCCUUUUACCAUAUGCAGUCUAGAGACUAAAUUUGGGUCCUCAGUUUGGCAGCAAGCUCCUUUACCCACUGAACCAUCUUGUCCCUAUGAAGUAUUUUUAAAUAGUUUGCUAGUUUAUUUCAUCUAAAGUCAACGAAUAUUCAGGGCUGUUUUUCCAUCAGGUUUUUCUGUUUUUAGGACUUAAAAUAUAUUUUUUAUUACUUUCUGUAAGCAUGCAAAAUAAUGAGUUCCUUUUUGAUAUUCUCUUGCCUGCACCGUAUUCAACUCAUAUCUUUCCAUAUCACCUUUCCUUGGCUCCCUUCUCCACACUUCUUUCCUUUCAUAUUCCCAAGCAGUCCCAUAUCCAGAGUCCACAUAUAGAAUAUAGCAUAAAAUAUUUGGCUUUCUUUUCAUUCUUCUUUUCCUCUUCCAUUAGUCCAUCCUCCUUUCACACAGCCUCCCUUCUACUUUCAUAUCUAACAAUCUAGGAAAUCUUGAUUAAAUCUUAAAUCUAGAUUCCUCACAUGAGGAAAAGCAUGCAAUAUUUACCUUGUGGUCCUGGCUUAUUUCAUUUAGCAUGAUUAAAACCAGUACCGUUUUUUUGUUUGUUUGUUUGUUUGUUUUCCUUGCAGAGAUCAGAGAAGUUGAUGAUGACAGGCAGGUGGUCGCAGAGAUCAUGGCAAGAAGUUUUAUUCCGACUCUGAUAACAACUAUUUCUUGGGAAGGCUUUCACUUUGCUGGUCAUGAAAUUCGGAUUACUGAAGCCAAAGAUUGUUACGGUGCUGUUGUCUGGCCAUCGGCCCUUGUUCUAUGCUAUUUCCUGGAAACACAUGCCAAGCAAUAUAACAUGGUUGAUAAAAAUGUGAUUGAAAUUGGAGCUGGGACAGGGCUUGUCUCCAUUGUGGCAAGUUUACUUGGUGCUCGAGUGACUGCUACAGAUUUGCCUGAAUUACUUGGAAACCUGCAAUAUAAUAUUUCCAAAAACACCAAAAUGAAAUGCAAGCAUUUGCCCCAGGUUAAAGAGCUCUGCUGGGGAGUAGCAUUAGACAGGAACUUCCCCAGGUCUUCCAAUAACUUCGACUACAUCCUGGCAGCAGAUGUUGUCUAUGCCCAUCCUUUCCUGGAGGAGCUUCUCAUGACCUUUGACCAUCUCUGCAGAGAAACUACCAUCAUCCUCUGGGCCAUGAGAUUCAGGCUGGAGAAAGAAAAUAAAUUUGUAGAUAGAUUUAAGGAACUGUUUGAUCUGGAGGAAAUUUCUAGUUUCCCUAGCCUGAAUAUUAAGUUGUACAAAGCUAUGAAGAAAAAUCGGAGGAGUGCAUAGUGCAUAUUGUAUGUGAAUUAGGACAUGGGCAUGCCAAGGUAGUUUCUAGUAGAUCAUUACUUUAAAGAACACACACACACACACACACACACACACACACACACACACACACACACACGCGCGCGCGCGCGCGCACAUACACCACUGUAAGAAUAAAAAUUAACUCUAAACUUGUCUUAUUUUAAGCAAGAAUUUUUACACACACAGUAGGUGCAUUUGUAAAAUUAGGAUAAUUUGUUCCCAAGUCUGUCUGCUCGGUACUCUAAUUACAUGGUAACAAACUUUCUGUAACACCAUGCUGUGUCAUCAGAGCAAAAUGGUAAUUUUCAAUAAUGAUAUCUCUAACUGAAUGUUAUUAAUUUAAUUUCUUUUUGAGAAUGUAUUUUAGAUUGGCCUUGAACUUGAGGUGGUCUUACCUCAACAUCCCGAGUGCUAGCACUCUAGGUGUGUAACCACCACACCCAUCCAUAUUGUUAAUACUUUAAAAUAUAGGCUUAAAAGGUUUUAUCUUUAGAGAUCAAGAAACUGGCUAUAGUAAAUUUGCAAAUAAAUUUAAAAAGGCAAAUAUAUGAUGUAAUGGUCAGUGCUAGGUGUCUGUGGUUCCCACCAAUGCCAGUUUAGAGGGUGGCUGUCAUUUCUGCUUGGCAGUUUGGACCUCUAGCAUAACUACUGAAUCAACCAAGCAUGUGGAACAUUUCCCUCUGUUUAUAUGAGUGGAAAGAGCAUAAGAAUACCUGAGAUUAGUACUUGUUUUUGUAAGUAAAGUAAAAUGCAUUUUUUCCACAGAAAUGGAAAUAAUUAUAAGAACGUUGGGUUAGAAGUACAUAAAAAGAUUUAGCUUCCUUAUCUCAAAUAAGUAGACAUGGUUUAACAGAUAUACCUAGAUAUUUGAAGUUGUUAGGGUCCUGGAGAAGUCCUACAAAAGACCAUCAUCCAUGUAUGCAAUUAGCAAGAGUGUUUAUUAUCUUGAGAAAGAUUCCAGUAUACUGGGGAUGACCAUCCCACACAAAGGCAAAAUGGCGCAGACCCUGAGAAAAGCUCAAGGCUCCUUUUAAGCAUAGCUAAGGGGAGAUCCUAGGGCAGUUAGGUCACUUUAGCUAUGAUUGGCUUAAGCAAGUGGCAAUCAUUUUAGUACGUUCUAACUGGCUAGGGCUGAUGGGUGGUCAGGUUUACAACCAUUCUGUUUUUUGAGCAGGCCUGGACAAGUCCCAGGCUUUGUCCUUAUUUGAUUAUCACCUUGAGCUUGCUGACUGUGGCUCAGGCCUGGCCUGACCUGGUAUUCCAUGUACCAGGCAGGCCUCCUCCUCCUGUUCUUGGGGGGUAAGGGGGAAGUGUUGGAGAUUGUUUGUACUUGUUUGUGGCUCUUUCAGUAACUCCUUGUUCAGUCUCAGGAAACUGAAAUUGAGGCCUGAUAUCUGAGAGAAGACUGAGCAACCUGUUAUGGUGUCUACUUGGUCCUCUCAAAAUCAUCUCAGAUUUUUUUCAUGUGGCCCUUAGAAAUUAGAAUAAGGUUUAAAGUAAUUAAAGUCAGUGUGGAGAGUAAAGAAUUAGGCCUUUAUGCCAUGUGACUGCCUGGACUGUGUUGCUGGCAACACACUGCAGUGUCCUCAGCUAGACUGUUAUGUGCCUUUGGUGAUACUUGUUCCUCCAGGGUUAGCACUUUCUGAACAUUGUCAUGGUCCAACACAUCUGCAAUUAUCUCCUGGACCCUGCACUGUAAGUUAGAAUGUAGGCACACUUCAGUAUAACUCUUGGUGCAUGGGUUUUUAUAAGGAUCAUACCUCAUCAGUUUUCUAUUUGCAUGGCUAUUUGUCCUCAUGUUUAUUUAGUGUUCAGCGUGCACAGGACAGUGAUAUCAUUUUUUUCUCUUCACAGAUAAGAACAAAGGCCCAGGUUACACAUCUGUGGGGUUAAAUAUAGAGACAGUCAAACCCAGGUCUGUUUGAGCACAGAAUCUGCAUUUAUAAUUCCAGUACUGUCUUUAAGCAUUGAAAAAAGUAACUUUCAAACACUUUAAACAACUGAGGUGAGUUCUUCAAAAGGAAUAGAUACUCAGAAAGAAUAACAAAUACAUUUAAAAAUGAGACCUAUUCCUCUUAACACUGUCCCUAGACUUUCUACCCAUGGGAGGAGACAUCACAGAAGGCUGUGGUGGAAGCUACACCUGUGGUGGAUGUGGUAAAGGAGCAGACAGAGACUGGUGAGGUCUGAAGUAAGAGAAACACCAGCAAGUAGAUUAUGGAGGUCCUGUGCCAUGGCCUAGGAUCUCCAAAUACAGGUUCGGGGAGUAAAUACCACAUGUAGUCCUUAGUUAGGUUGUGCAGCCAUUGGUUAAGUUGUGCAGCCAUUGGUUACACUGUGUGGUCAUUGGUUAAGCUGUAUGGUUGCGAUGGAGAACUGAAGAAGAGAAUAAAGGCCAGUCUAGCUGAUCCAUUCAGUACUAGACUUUGACUGGCCUGUUUCAGGGUAUUUCUGAUUUGAGUAAGGCAUUUGGGUCUUUAUAUGUUCCUGUAUCUGUCCUGGGAAGACUGUUUUGAGGAUGGUGGUGGCUGUGAUCUGUCUGCCUGCAGCAUUUACAGUUAGCUGGUGAAAAAGUUAUUCCGAACUCAUCUGAGCAGUUCGUUACUGUGUCCACCACAUCAUUUCAGGCUCCUCAAAGAAUUCUAGCUUUUUUUUUUUUUGUCUGCUGAAAUAGAGAGCCACUGGAUGAUUCUAAGUAAAGGAAUGGAAUACUGUGAUAGCCUGUAAAGACUUCUUGUCCUGGUGUUCUGAGAAUGGGAUCUCAAAGUCAAGGAACCAACUGGGAGCUGUGGCAGCCAUCCAAGCAAAGGACAGCAAGAAGUCUACAUGGGGGAGGUGAGAUCAGCUGUUCUAGCUGUACUCUGAAGCCAGAGGCAGCAGAGUGUUCUACCAAGUGGGGUGUGGAAUGUGAGCAAGAAAGUCAGGGCUGACUCUGAAAUAUCCUUGUGAGCUCUAGAAUAUGAACUUAGCUUUUGGUUCAGAGAAGGCUUAUGAAGCCCUUUUACAGAGCAAAAGAGAAUAAAAGGACUGAGCCCGGAGAUUCACCAGCAUUAGGGAUCAGACAGACAUUUUCAGAAUUUUUUGGAGGCUAUGUGCCUUCCCCCAGUUGUAGCUAAAUAUGUGGAUCCUGAAAAAUAUGAGUUUAAUGGCACAGCCUUCUAGAACCUGUCACUGGACUUGCCAAAUUUCUAAAAGUUGCCUCAGAGGAAUCUAAAUGGCUGAAUAUCAUAGGUCUGGCAGCAAAGAACUUGGUAUAAUAAGUUGUGUGUGUGUGGGGGGGGGACACGACCCACCUUGACUCUUGUUAAAAAAGUGUUUGAAUAUCAUUGUGAAGUAAUUUUGAAGUAGGGAAGAUAAAGUGUCCU